AUGUCAUCAAACAAAGGCAUCAAAGCCGCACUCAUAGUUGUAGACCUCCAAGAGGACUUCUGCCCGCCAAAAGGCAGUCUAGCAGUCACCGAUGGACGCUCCAUUGCUCCCAUCAUCAAUGACCUUCUCAAGCUACCAUGGGCCCUCAGGGUAGCGACCAAGGACAUGCACCCGGAAGAUCACAUUUCAUUCGCGACGAAUCAUCCCCCACCCAACAACAAGCCCUUCGAGUCGACCAUCACCAUCUCCAAUCCUCGCAACUCUGACGAGACCCAGACUACGCAAUUAUGGCCAGUCCACUGCAUCGCUGGCUCGCCAGGCAGUGAAUUGAUCCCUGAGCUUGAUGCCACCAAGUUGGAUGACAUCGUAGAGAAGGGACAGGACAAGAGAUUAGAAAUGUACUCGGCUUUUUGCACGCCCUUCUUGAACCCAAAGAUUGUCGAGACCGGCCUCGCAAAAUCUCUACGCGAGAAGGGUGUCACACAUGUCUUCUGUGUCGGUCUGGCUGCCGAUUUCUGUGUCAAAGCUACUGCUGUUGAUGCUGCAAAGGAAGGCUUUGAGGCGUUCGUCAUCCGUGAGGGCACGAAAGGUGUUGAACAAGGUCAAGAGGCCGACAAGAAGCUCGCACAUGAGUUGAAAGAGCAGAAUGUCAAGAUGGUCAGCGUCGACGGACCUGAAGUUGCCAAGGUCAGAGACCAGAAGUAG